AUGUCUCGCGACGCGCAGACCUCCAGAAAAACUCUCGAAAGGCUUGACGAUGGGAGAGCCCGAUUCCAUGGCUGCUCAAGGAUUACAGAGUACGAGUACCUGGGGAAACUCGGUGAGGGCACCUUUGGAGAGGUCUCCAAGGCAAGGUCCAAGAAGAGAGGAAAUUUGGUUGCCCUGAAAAAGAUCUUAAUGCAUAAUGAAAAGGAUGGCUUUCCCAUCACUGCGCUUCGAGAGAUCAAACUUCUUAAACAACUCGACCACAUCAAUGUUCUGAAACUUGAGGAGAUGGCAGUUGAAAGACCAAAGAGCGCUACCAGCAAACCAAGUAUGUUCAUGGUCACGCCGUACAUGGAUCAUGAUUUAUCUGGCCUGCUUGAGAAUCCCAAUGUCCAUUUCACCGAACCGCAAAGGAAAUGCUACAUGAAGCAACUCCUCGAAGGUUGCGCCUACCUUCACGAGAACAAAAUUCUACAUCGAGACAUGAAGGCUGCAAACUUACUCAUCAACAACAAGGGAAUCCUCCAAAUUGCAGACUUUGGUCUUGCUCGCCCUUAUGAUGACGAGCCUCCGCGCCGUGGCCACGGCGGCGGUGUCGCAACUCGAGAAUACACUACCUUGGUUGUCACAAGGUGGUAUCGCCCACCAGAGCUGUUGUUACAACUUCGCAAAUACACUACUGCCAUUGAUAUUUGGGGUGUGGGAUGUGUGUUUGGUGAGAUGUACAAAGGCAAGCCGAUCUUGGCUGGUAACAGCGAUGUCAAUCAAGCACAUCUCAUAUUUGAUCUUGUUGGUUCUCCCACUGAUGAAAACUUGCCCGGAUGGCGCUCGCUUCCUGGUUGUGAUGGUGUGACUGAAUUUGGUAAUAAGUCUCCAACCAUCACUAGGGUUUUCUCUGAGCUCAGCCCUACUGCACUCUCUUUACUCUCUGAGUUGUUGACACUUGAUUGGAGGAAGCGAAUCAAUGCCAUCGACGCUCUUGAGCACCCUUACUUCCACACGGAGCCAUACCCUGCAAGACCUGGUGAUUUACCAACCUUCGAGGAAUCACACGAACUCGAUCGUAAAAAGUUCAGAGACCAGAAAUCAAAACCACCACCAGCACCAGCCGGCGGCUCUGUCGGUGUUGGUCCCGAGGGGGAAUGGGGUAUCAAUGGUCGACCACUUCCUCAUGAAGGUGGAAGAGGCCCCCGUGUGCCUGGAGGUGGGGGCAGAAAUUAUGGCAAUGGCCAACACAAUCAUGGGAAUUACAACAGACGUCCUCAAGGACCACAUGGUCAGAAUGGCGCACAUGGCGCAGAUUAUCGAGGCCCUCCACCUCAACGAGAUCACUCUUCGUAUGGCCAUGGCUCUCGACAACAAUACGAUCAGCCACGCACACACGGCCCACCACAACCAUACGAUGAUAGCCAUGCCCGUCGUCCUCCCGUGGAAUAUGCCCUGCCUCCUCGUCCACCUGUGCCCGAGGACACAUACCGCCACGGCCCUCCAGAUGCGACUGCUUACCGCGAUGAUGGUCGAGGACCACCAGCUUCACGGCCACGUAUUCCAGGAGGUGCCCCUCAAGGUACUGAUUCUCGGCGUCCCAAUCAUCCACAUGAUCGAGAUACAUAUAUCCCACAGUAUUCGACUGCUGAUCCCGAUUCAAGAAACAUUCCUCCCAAACCUCGUCGAAGAGAUGACCAUCUGCCAUAUGGCGAGGGUCGUAGAGAUGGUCCAAUGCCUAGUUAUAAUGAGCCAAUUCGCUAUGAAGACAAUGGUUCAAGUGUUGCGAGAGAUAGAGGCCGCACACAUGAGUCUGAUCGUGCUCCUCACCCUCCUCCAGGCGUGUACGAUCGCCGCCCGCGAAGCCGAAGUCCAGUUCGUGACUGGGAACGAGAUCGCGAUCGCGACAGAGCACUGGGCUACCGAGAGCGAGACAGAGAAUGGGAUCGUGAACGCCACCCACAUCCACAUCUUCCACCAGAUAGAGAUCAUGGAUAUAAUGGUGGAUCAGGAAGUGAAAGUGGAAUGCGAGGAGGCGGGCCGCCGAUGGGUUUACAAGACGCUUACAACGGACGGAGGUAG